AUGGCGGCGCCCAUAAGAGCGGUGAGCCGGUGUUGGCGGCGGCCGGUGCUGUGGCCCUGGUGGAGGAGGGGGACAGCCGGCUGUCUCUUCUCUCAGCACACACACAGCUCGGGGAGGGACACUCACUUCGGCUUCCAGACCGUGUCUGAGGAGGAGAAGGGGGACAGAGUCUAUCGUGUAUUUGAGAGUGUUGCUCAGAAAUACGACAUUAUGAAUGAUUCGAUGAGCCUGGGAAUUCAUCGAUUGUGGAAAGACUGGCUGAUACGUCAUAUGAAUCCCACACCUGGCACUCAGCUGCUAGACGUGGCGGGAGGGACAGGAGAUAUUGCAUUUCGCUUUAUCAAUUACAUACGUGCACAAAGAGAGAAACUGAUUCGCAACCAGUUAAAAUCUCAGCAGAAUAUGUCUUGGUCAGAUAUCUCAAAAUCAUACAGCCAUGAUGGGCUAGGGUCUUUGAUGGGAUCCCAGGCUGUGAUCUGCGAUAUUAAUAAGGAGAUGUUGAAAGUUGGAAAGGAAAAGUUACUGCAGAUGGGUUACUCUGACGGUUUGUCUUGGGUAGCUGGUGAUGCUGAAGAACUGCCCUUUGCUGAUGACAAGUUUGAUGUUUAUACCAUUGCCUUUGGGAUUCGAAAUGUGACCCAUAUAGAGAAGGCUCUUGAAGAAGCUUAUCGUGUGUUAAAACCAGGAGGAAGGUUCUUAUGUCUGGAAUUCAGCCAAGUCAAUAAUCCGCUACUAGCAAGGCUUUAUGAUCUAUAUAGUUUCCAGGUUAUACCGGUGCUAGGAGAAGUCAUAGCUGGAGACUGGAAAUCUUAUCAAUAUUUAGUAGAGAGUAUUCGACGCUUCCCUCCGCAGGAGAAAUUUAAAGAGAUGAUUGAAGAUGCUGGCUUUUUCAAGGUGAACUAUCACAAUCUAACAUCAGGUGUUGUUGCUGUUCAUUCAGGUUUCAAAUUAUGA